AUUCUUUGGUCUUAGGUUCUUCGUGAAGAAGACCUGUUUGUUUUGCUAUUUCAAUAAACUAGUUUUUAUUUUAUUUUUUAUUAUUAUUAUUUUUUUCUUCCAGCCUUUCUCGUUGUACUUUCUACUUUCCAUAGAAGCAUAGUCAAUAUCAAAAGAAAUUAUUUAUCUUAAUCAAAGAAACUUAAAUUUGUAGGUUUAGUGCAGUUCAAGGUACGUACUAAAUAAAAUUAAUUGUUUAUCUGCUUAUUUUAUUAUGAAGUUUUUAGUUGCUUCUUCCAGAAUGAGUGUUUCUCCCCCAGAGCCAUCUAGCCGUACAUGGUUUUGUCUUGAUCCAUGAUUCUACAUUGAGAAGGAAAUGCCUAGAAAGAGGAUACAGAUCAAGAAAAUCGAUAACAUAAGUUCCAGACAGGUGACUUUCUCUAAGAGGAGAAAAGGGCUUUUCAAGAAAGCUCAGGAGCUAUCAACCCUUUGUGAUGCAGAUGUAGCACUCAUUGUCUUUUCUACGACUAGCAAGCUCUUUGAGUAUGCUAGUUCAAGUGUGGAACAAGUAAUUGAAAGGCUUAAUCGGCAUUCAGCAAUACAUAGAUUGGACCGUCCAUCUAUUGAGCAGCAGCUUGAGAGGGACUCUAACGACACGCUGCGCAAGAAAGUAGAAGAUAAUACUCGUGAAGUGAGGCAGUUGAAUGGGGAAGAUCUGCAAGGAUUGACAUUACAAGAACUACAAAAACUAGAGGAACUACUCAAAAGAGGUUUGACCUGUGUUUCAAAAGCAAAGGAUGAAAAUGCUAUGCAAGAGAUCAGCACCCUUCAGAGAAAGGCAGAGGAACUGAUGGAAGAAAACCAAAAAUUGAAACAGGUACCGAGCCUUAUACAUGGACAAAGGCAACAAUUGGAAUGCAUUAUUAGCAGUUCAUCUUAUCUUCCUGAAGAGGAUUAUAGUGACACAUCUCUCAAGUUGGGGUUACCUUGACUUAAAUAAAAAUAAAAAUAUUGAUUCAGAGGACUAUAAGGAGAAGUGAACAGAUUCAUUUCCUUUCUUAGUCACUCAAAACCAA